GACUUUGAGUUGAAGAAAAAGCAAGCAAGCGAGUGGUGACAAACAAUUAACAAAGAGACAGAAAGAAUGGGUUGGACGGCUUCUGGUCUACCAUUCCCAAACUCCUUUAAACUGCCGGCCGUUCUCCGCCACCGUGCUCCGAUCGCCGCCGGUAUCGGCUGCGCCUACGUCGCCGCCUCUACACUCCGGUCUGCACCUUUCUUCUCCAAUCGGUCAACUCCCUUCGCUUGCCUCAGCAUGUCUACUGAUGCCAGUAUUAAGGAAGCCGUUAUAACAGACAAGGCUCCAGCAGCUCUAGGUCCCUAUUCUCAAGCAAUUAAGGCCAAUAACACUCUGUUUGUGUCUGGCGUUCUCGGUCUUAUUCCUGAGACGGGGAAGUUUGUGUCAGACAACGUAGAAGAACAAACAGAACAGGUUCUCAAGAAUAUGGGAGAGAUACUGAAAGCUAGUGGAGCUAGCUAUUCCUCAGUUGUCAAGACCACAAUCAUGCUGGCUGAUCUAAAAGACUUUAAGAAAGUCAACGAGAUCUAUGCUAAAUAUUUCCCGGCACCAGCUCCUGCACGAUCAACGUACCAGGUUGCGGCAUUACCGCUUGAUGCUAGGAUUGAGAUUGAAUGCAUAGCGGCACUCUAGUGUUUCUUUGACUUUUUAGCUUUUCUAUUUGAAAUGUGACAUAUAAUAAGGUAACCGUGAUGUAUAUCUGAUCCUUUUUAACCAAAAAAAAAGGCGUUCGGAUACUGUUAUAUACGGUUGAGUUCCUAUGCAAUACUGUAUCAGCAUGUUGUAUAGUUAUAUAUCUUAUUCACUCUUACUCUGUGGUA